GAUGCAACGCCGGGGAUGGCGUGCGACAUUACAGUAUACCAGCUUCACGAACAGCGGCCAUUGUGAAUAUAGAGGAGUACGGUAGUCCACCAGGCCGAUAUGUAUUUAAUGUUGGUGGAGAAAGUGUGACUGGAGACUGUCAGACAUACCAAGGCCAAGGAGAUAGACCUACAUCCGGUUCGUUGUUACUUUAUCCUGCUUUUGGAUCAAUGUUGGGUGGAAAUAAAACCAGCAUUCAAGGACCAUGUUUCCAGAACACCGACAAUGUCAUGUGCAGAUUCAUAGACAAAGACACUGGACCGACGACACCAUGUCAAUAUUUAGAUAGGCGAACAGUGUCUUGCGUUGUGCCUAUCCUACUCCGUAUUGGCCGAGUCUAUGUGUUUCUAUCAAUUGAUGGAGGUGCAACAUUUGGCUUUCAGGGAAUAUACACCUCUGUAAGUGUUGAAGAUGUCACUGAUGACGUAGCACCAAAAGUUGAACUAGAUACGGACGGCAAAUAUCCUAAGGUUGUGUGGCCGAAUGAUGCUUUGGCCGGAUCUUACUACGAUAUAGAUGUUUAUGUAUACUUUGAUGGUUCAGACUCAACCGAUCUAGAAAACGAUAAAAUUAACGUGGCGAAUAAUAUUGUCCUUCAAUCUAGUGGGGACCUGGAGUUUGAAAUCAACCUCAAUCAACCGCAGUUAACGACUAAACAUGUAGGAUUUAUACGGAUAUCACAAGGAGAUGAAGAAGGGGGUAAACACAGUUUUGCAUUAUCGAUAUGGAGUGAUCCAUUUGACUAUAGUAUUUUUACUAGUUUGAAUGUGCCGAAGUGGUGCAUAUCCUGGGGGAGUCUUGAGUUGCAAAAUCCCGUAAAACUUUCCUCAUCAAAUGAACUUAAGUGUCCAUGCAACUUACAGAGUGCGUUAGUCGAUAGGGGGCACUUCUCACCGAGUCCGCGCUGUUCAAACACAGUACCUGAAUCGUGCUCUGAUGAGGUCGACAUUGCUCAUUGCGUUCGCAGCAGAACGCCAAGUUCUGAAGGUCAUGGCUUAGAAUGCUGUUAUGACGCCAAUGGAGCCCUCACAAAUAUUGCAGACAACAAACAUGCUGGAUAUUCACACCGAUACCACCACCUUGGCCGGCAACCAUUUGACGAAAUCGGUAGGGUUCCUUACUUGUCCUAUUUCUUGCACGACAUAUUACCGUACCGACGGUGCUGCAAAGACCAUGACUCUUGUUUAGACCAUUUUAUUCCGGCUCGGCCAUCACAAGACUGCUCUGGAUACCAGCCUCCUAGACCAGCUAGAAUGAAUGGUGAUCCUCACAUACAGACUCUAGAUGGACUUGCGUACACCUUUAAUGGUCAUGGUGAGUACAUCUUGAUGAAUUCACUAGAUGGAAUGUUUAUGAUGCAAGGACGAACAGAACCCAUACAGGUUACAGGUAACAUAACAAUGCCCAAUGCAACAAGAUUUACCGCAAUCGCGGCUCAGUAUAACGACGGGACCAAAGUACACGUAAGCCUCAACCAAAUACGUGGUCUUACUGUACAUGUGACCGACCGUGACAACAAAUGGUUUCAAAUCAAAUUUGAUUUGACACCUACUUGGUAUGAUGCAGGUGUUACAAUUGUCUACACUUUGGGGACGAACGUGAAAAGUGUCUCGGUGACCGUCGCAUUUGACUUCGGACUCGUUUUCACUGUUGAAGCCGCCAAUGAUAUCAUGUCCAUUCAGGUUCUCGGUCCGCAUGUAAUGCGCGAUAACACCAGUGGGCUGCUUGGUAACUGGAAUAACGAUUUUACGGAUGACCUUCAGACACCAGAUGGUGACUAUCUUCCGUCGAACUCAAGCAUUCGUGAUAUUCACCAUGAUUUCGGCGAGAAAUGGAGAGUUGCUGCAGGGGAUUCGGUGUUCUAUUAUGGUGCCGGCACUGCUUAUGAAACAUAUUCGGACCCAAAUUUUCAACCGUGGUUUGAACUACCAAACAAUAUUGACCCAGUCAAAGUGUUUGAAGUCUGUGGAGACAAUUCAGAAUGUAUAUUUGAUUACCAGGUUACAGGUAAUGUAGAGAUCGCCAAAAUGACGAAACAGGGAGUCGAAAGUUUUGAAGAAGUUUUAGACAGUGUUAAGCCAGUUGUGGUGUGUGGUUUUAUACCUACUCCCGAUAAUGGCAUUAAAGAUGGUUCGGUGUAUACAGAGGGCGGUGUUCUAGUCUUCGAAUGUAACGAUGGUUAUAACAUUGCAAAUGGAGAAUCUACUAUUUAUUGCACGCAAGAGGGAUUCUGGUCGGGUAGUGUGUCAUCUUGUGUGAAGAACGAUAAUUAUGUUAUCUACAUUGCAAUCGGUAUCGGUAUAGGCAUAUUAGGCGUAUUGGUGAUACUACAACUGAUAUGUUGUUACUGCUGUAGGAGAAGGUUCGUCUGCCAAACAUUGUCCUAUUUAUACUGUCAACUAGUAAAGCCAUUUUUUCACCACUAA